GCGGGGAUGGUGCGGGCGUGGUGUUCGGGGCGGCGGCGGCUGGGGCCUCCUACAAGGAGUUCCUCCUGGUCACCGAAGAGACUAGGCCCUUUUACUACAGGUUCGCCGACGCCGUCCUGACCGCCUACGGUGCCGUCUGCUUCCUGACGAGCGUGCUGGAGCCAGAGACGGCGACCCGCUAUCACUUCCUAGAGCUGGAGGACUUCAUCAACGUGUCGUUCUUCAUCAAGUUUAUGCUUCUCUUCUGGUCUAACGACUGGAGGGCCAGCUGGCUGUUCAGUGGGAAAGCGCUGCUGGACCUGGCCAGCUGCCUCCCAGUCAUCGCCAUCCCGGUGCGCUUAAUGGGCGAUGGCGCGAUGGAGGAUUACCUCAGCCUGCUGCAGAUCGCCAGGUUCCUGCGGCUCCUCCUCGACGAGGUCGACAACGGCAAGAAGGGGCCCUCCCUGCCCCUGGAGCAGCAACUGGUGUCCGUGGUGCUCUCGCUCCUGGGCACCGUGACCGUCUGCGCCACGGUGCUCUUUCGGGAGGAGUUCGUCAACAGGUCGUUCGAGGACUGCUUGCUCUACAUGGUGAACCUGUUCGCGGGCCGUGACCUCCCGUGGGUUCCCCAGCAGACCGUGGGCAAGCUGGUGUCCGCCGCCGCGACCUGCCUGAGCAUCAUCUUCAUCCCUUUCCUUGCCUCCAGGACCUCACAGACCGUGAUGCUCUACAUGAACUCCCGGUCCGACAGCUCCCCCCCGGAGCCCGCUGCGGCGGAGGCGGGCCUGGAAGGCCUGCUCCGCCCGGCGCCGGGCUUGCCGACUCCGCCCACGAGGCCCCGAGCAGCGCCUGCCAGCGGCGCGGAGAGCCGGCAGUGGAGGCGAGGGGGGCCCAGUUCUGGGCGGCGGCGGUGGCGCGGCUCGACCGCCUGGUUGUCUCGCGGCUGCUGA